GCCAAGCUAAGCUUUAUCCGUUAUACGAUACGAUUGCGUCAUUUGAGAACGCUCAUUUUUCCCGUUAAACGGCUGUCUUAUAUUUGUUUUGCUUCCUCUACACGUCAAAAUUCGGGUCAGCUGCGUUAACAACAAGCGUAUGUAAUCGUAGCGUGGGCCAGCAAAACGAAACGAUGAACCUCCACGAACUGUUCCGAUCGUUCAUGGGAUUUCCAAACCGCAGGGACCCGGGACUGGGAGAACCGGCGUACCGCGACGACUCUGGCAGCGGAUUUGGAGGCGAUGGCAGCCCCUAUGACGGUUCAUUCUUCGCCGAGCCCUGGGAGAUGCUGAGGCACUUCGAAGACGUCUUUAGGAACUUCGGACUAGCCGAGUUCCCACACGGGGCCGAGGUGGAUGAGGGAAGCCGACAAGAGGACCUCAGGGACCGCAUGCUCAAGGUACCGGACUACACGGAGCCCUUCUGGGGCAGCCAGAUGCCACAUCUUCCGGUGGGGCCACAUUUUCCAUCCGGUCCUGGCCAGUUGGAAGACAACCGUUUCCGAGACAUGGACUUGGAUGACCACGUGGCCGCGAGGGGCAUCGACAGUCUGCUGGCACAGCCGCCGGACCCGGGCGUGGUGGUCGGAGUGCAGCCGCAGCCGGACGCUCAGGGAAGCACCUCGAUGCACACCUUCACCUCCAUCAACGGGAAAGUGGAGGAGAAGCGGGUAACGACGGAUGCGGAGGGAAACCGGGUGGUGAGCAUCACGCGGAGCCUCGGGGACCGGUCCCACACGGUCACAACUCGCACGGGGCCCCAGGGCAGCGUCCAGACCGAGGAGCACUUCGUCAAUAUGGACGAAGGAGACAAAGCCAAGUUCGACGAAAUGUGGGGCAGUGCAAGCAGCGGUCCAUCUUUCGUGCCUCGUCAGCUGGUGCCAUCUGCGCCCGGUGAUCCAAGCUACGGAAGCAUCUUCCGCAAGCUGUUUGGCUUUGCACCACCCGGCCGGCCCUGAAACCCUUUCCGGAUGGACAUGUGUUUUUCCGCAAACUUUCCUAGACCCUCCGUGUUAGUGGAACGCGGAUUCCAUUGUGGCAGACGUGGAAGUAGGUAGCAGACGUGGAAGUAGCCGGCGAAAGAGCUAGUCGGAGCUCAUUCGUGGAAACCAGCUGUUUUCGCUACUUUUUGAAGUCAGUUGUCUUGCUGGUGUGUUAAAAUUUCCUUGUAGAGUUUUUACAAAUAGUAUAUGGAAUAGGAAUAAAGAAUUCUCCUAUUAUGUAGAAA